AUGGGCCCCAAGCAACAAAAGGGAAAAGAUGCCAAGGGUGGCAAAGGUGACAAGGGAGGUAAAUCCUCUGCUGCAGCCGUUAACAAGAAAUCAGGUGGUAAAGCCAAGAAGAAGUCAUGGACCAAGGUAAAGGUAAAGGAAAAGCUUAACAAUGCUGUCUUCGUCGACUAAAAACUAUACGAUAGAAUCGUGAAGGAGGCACCCAAAUUCUUGAAUCUCACUGUUUCCAUUGUCAGCGAUAAAUUCAAGGUCAAUGGAGCUGUUGCUAGAAAAGUGCUCAGGGAUCUUCACUCGAAGAAUCUCAUCAAACAAUGUGGUGACCAUCACAGUUCCUUCACUCUCUACACUGGAACACAAGCCAAGCAAACUCAAGAAGCUGCCCCAGCCAAGAAAUGA